AUGUGCGUGAAAACAUUUCUCAUCUCAUUGAUUUUUAUUAUACUAAUUGUGAAUUGCAAGAUUGUUGUGUUCUAUGGAAUAUACAACAGUGCUUCGGAAAGUGUUCCAAAUAACAAUCUGAAUUGGUUUGAAUGUGUUUGUUGGUGUCAAGAAACAAAUGCUUGCUUGUUGGUUUUUUGGAAUGAAUCAAGUCAAAAUUGUAAUGUGGUUUAUUCGAAUUCAUCUAAAUACUUAGCUAAUAUGUACUAUACUAAUGAAGAAACGGAUAAUGAAAUUGCACUAAAGACUAAUUUUUCAAAUUGUUAUGAUGCGAUAGAAUUUUUGAAAAAUCGUUAUAUCAGUUGUCAAUCAGGAUAUUCCAGAAAAUUCCGAUUAGAUUACACUGUAUGCAUGAAAAGACUCAAAUAUGCUAGUAGUUUGAGUUUUUCGCAAGCUGUUGAAAACUGUGAAAAUGAAGGAGCAUAUAUUACCGGAUCGGAAAAUAAUAAUGAACGAAUUUCUAUAGCAAAUAUUUAUAAUGAUUAUGUGAAAACUAAUUCUAGCACGUGGAUUGGCUUGACGCGAAAUAAUCAAGGGAAUUUUGUAUGGACAGAUCCUUGGAUAACUGGAAAUGGAAGUAUUGUUUGGGCCGACGGACAUCCGAUUGAUGGGUUCGUUCUCAAGUGUUUGGAAAGUCAGAUUUUAUUCUUUUUUCAGAAACCAUUGCGCAUCACUUCAGUCCAAUACUUCAUUAUUCCAGAGUAAUAAUUGUGAUUCUUCUCCAUGUAAUAGUCUUACUUAUUGUCCGAGUAUUGUUAUGUGCGUCAAACUAAUUGGCUAA